AUGGCCCACGUUCAGUCCACAUUUUCGGCGCGGCGCGUCAUCACCCUCGCCGUAUUCUACUUCGCGUCACUCUGGGCGGUGAUUCUCCCUCUGCCGCGCCUCGCGGAAGCAGUUUCCCUCUCCGACGUGCUGGCUCUAAUCCGCGAUAAGGCAAAUUUUGCCGCCGGGGACCUAUCUUGUGGAAUGGUGGAGUUUGCCGCGGGAUACGACAAGGUGAACGACAUCAGCGGAGUCUCGCUUCUGCUGCCUGAAAACGACGCCUGGAAUUAUGCAAUGAUGGGCUACCAGGGCAUGAACCCGUCCGCUACAACCGCGUCGGACCCGCUUCUUGAGGCGCUCGACACAAUGGUGAAGUCCAAGGGCGCCGUGGCGAGUCUCAACGCCAUGUCUGCCAACGCCAAGAAUGCCAUGUCCCGGCUGGCAAAGUACAUGGCGAUCCGCGAAUACAUCUCACCUCAGGAAAUGGCAUCCGGCAAGCCUGUUUUCCCUUCCGAGCAGUACAAGGACGGGCGGUUCAGCCUAAACACGUUGCUCAACCAGCCACUGUAUCUCUACGGCAACGUCACUGGCAUCGGCAGUAACACGGCCUUGGAUCACGUCUUCAUUGGGUCCGACAUGGGACCCAUCGAAGCCGUAAGAGCCAUUGCGACUAACACGAGCGACCCCGUGAGCGUAGACCAAUUUUCGAAGGGGGGUAACGCUGGAGUGCCGAAGGCAGUGGCGCGUGUAAACUUAGCUGGUGGUCAGGGCACGUCCGAAAAGUUCCUUGGCAAGACCACGUCAUCUUCUGAUAUGGGAGCUCUUGCGGUAUCUAUGGUGGUGUUCCCCGCCAACAUGGGCUCCCUCACCAGCUACGAUGCCGUGUCAACAUACGGCAAAGGUGCUGGCACUUUUGCCUUGUAUGGGAGCUCCAUGGCCCUGAUUCUUUCGAUGAUUGCAGCGCUUUUGCUCGUUUGA